AUGUCCACCAAUCAACAGAUUCUUCGCUCCGAGGUGAUCCUCGAGAAAUAUGGAAAGAAUCUCGAAGGAAAAACAGUCCUAAUCACUGGAGUCUCCGACGACUCCAUCGCCGGCGAGCUGGCAGUGCAACUCGCCAGCGCCGAUCCAGCCCUCUUGAUCCUGAGCGCUCGUGCUGAGUCCAAGGUAGCUGGAAUUCAGGCAAAGAUCAAAUCAGCCAAGCCAGAUGUCAAGACUCGCUUCUUGCAUAUGGACCUCAGUGAUUUGGACGCUGUGCGAAACGCCGUCGAGAGCCUACACGACGUGACCCACAUUGACCAUCUGGUUUGCGUGGCCGGCGUAAUGUUCCCACCUUAUAGUAAGACCAAGGAUGGAUUCGAAAGCCAGCUCGGUGUGAACUAUCUGGCCAACUUUGUCCUUGUCAAAUUGCUCCUGCCCAAGGUUCGCGCUGCUGGUCCAUCCUCGUCUAUCGUCAUCAUGGCUUCCUCUAUGGCUCGACAGGGAAAAGUGUACUUUGGUGAUGUAAACUUUAGUAACGGCGAGACCUAUGAUCCUAUGGUUGCAUAUGGCCAAUCGAACGCUGCUAGAGUUAUGUUUGCCAAAAGUCUCGGCGAGAAGCUGAAGAAUGAGAAGAUCCGUGUCUUUAGUGUGGAUCCUGGUGCGGUUCACUCUGGCUUGCAGCGACACUGCCCUCCUGAAUUUCUCGACCAGGUCGCUGAAUGGAAGAAGGCUGGACCAAUGGUUGAUUUAGAUGGAAAUUCCUACGAGAUUCCCCCUUGGACCGGUACCUCUGAAGGAGCAGCCACGGUCAUCACCGCGAUGAUCGACCCGACCAUCAAGGGCAACGGGUCAUACCUCAACCAGAACGCAGUCUCGGAUCACGAACUGCACACCCACCUUACGAACACAGCUAACUGGGCCGAGCUGUGGGAAAUGAGUGAGAAGAUGACUAGCGAGAAGUUCUCUGUUUAA